AGAUAAAUCAUUCUGAUCUUAUCAAAUAUUGAGAACGAGCUCCAAGUAUUUGUAACAUUAUUGCAGACUUCCAAUCAUCUAGAAAAAGUAAUUAAAAAAACAUCUAGUUUUAUUUUUUUAUUGUCACUUUUGUUCUAUCUAAUAGUAGAGUUUCCAAAACAUCGGAUACUAUUGAGUUCCCUCUUCGACGAGGAACCCUUCCAAAGCCAUCCUACCACCAAUGGAUCAACUUCUUCCUUCAUCAUUUUUGUCCCUUUUAUCUAUUCUCAUGCAACGUACUUAGUACUAUAACAUUUAAUAACCUUGUCGUCUUCAUCCCUUAUGAAACCUUAACGUCUAGGCCCGCAACAGACUAAGUUUCAAACGUAUUCUAUGAUCCACUUUCAUGCCAAAAAACUUCAUAAUCCAUCCUUCGAACAUUCACGAUGAGCACACGACGACGUCGUGAACAUUUGUCGUUGGAUGCAUAGUAAUUAAUUUACUAGUUGCCAAACCAAGUGAAAGAGAAGAACCCAUCACGAAACAACGGGACAAGAGAAAGGAAAGUGACCAAUCCCAAUUAUCCAAAUAAAGACAAUCCUUCUUCACUCUCCAACCAUGGAAAGUGGAGAAGAAAGGACGCCAAAUAGUAUUGGAGGAGGAGGCAGGCAGAGGAACUAACGGAUACUUGUCCGUCCUUUGCUCUGUUUCUCUGCUCACCAUAUACGACACCAAACAAGGUUGCUAGAUGCUACUAGGAGAACAGGGAAGAUACAACAAGAAGAAAAUCACACAUCUCCGGUCCCCCACUGGUUGAGCUAGUAUGAGAGGAAUAAGACACAACGAUAUGGUACGAUAUCAAAAUCAGAUUCGAUGUACUCUAAGCAAAUGAUUCUCGAGAUUGCCUGCAAUCUUUGGUAUUAAUCUCGAAUCAAUGUUUGUAGAUGAAAGUCUAGUUUCUGAGUCUUAUCGGCACAUGUAUGAAGGCUGGCAUAUAGACCGUUGGAAGACAAUUCAUCCCAUCGAACAGGAGUAGGUUGCUUAGUUAUAUUACUUAUUUAUGAUAUGACAUGAACAUGACGAAUUGUUUUAACGAGUUUAACAAUUAGGGCCAUGACAUGAUAAUACUAAAAAGUCUCUACUAGCAUGAAGUUUCAUGAAUUUGAUUGUCAAUGAACCAUGAAGUUACUUUUGGUUGAUUAUAGUUGAUAUGUCACAUAAAAGGAAGCGUAUCUUUCGUGAACUUCUUUGCGACCAAUCGAAAUACGCUUUUUCGAUAUAUUUGGGUUAGACUGUAGAAGUUGGAUGGUUACAUAUCCAAUGUAUAUACUCAAACCAUUUGGAAAUGACACAAAACCAAAAUAAUACAUGCCCAUCCCAAAGACAAAAAAAAAAAAAAAAAAAACCCAAACAAUGAUUGAACAAAUGACACAAACCUAAGAAGAAGAAACUCCCCCCACCCCCCAAAUAUUACAAGAUAAGAUUCCCACAAUUCAGAUUCACCUGGCCCUUGCCCUAUAAACACAAUUUAAGCACUUCCAUCCUUAUUAUGAUCCCCAAAAUCUCAACUCUCCAUUUUUCUCCUUUAAAACCCCCCAAAACUAAAAAACAAAAAAAAUGGCUUCCACCAGUCAGCAGCCUCACUUCAUUUUGAUCCCAUACCUCAGCCAAGGCCAGCUGAUUCCCACCAUCGACCUGGCCAAAAUCCUCGCGGGUCGGGGCUCCAUCGUCACCAUAAUCACCACACCCGUCAAUGCCGCCCGAUUCGCCCCCAUCGUUGACCGCGCCGUCGCCGCCGCCGGGCUCCCCAUCCGCGUCCUCACCCUCGAAUUCCCCGCCGCCCGGUUCAGUCUUCCGGCCGGCUGCGAGAACCGCGACGUCCUCCCUUCCUUCAACCUCUUCCGCAACUUCUCCGACGCGGUGCGGACCCUGGAGCAGCCCGCAUCCGAGCUCCUCGACCGGGUCGACCCGCCCCCUAGCUGCAUCAUCGCCUCCCAGGCCAUGCACUGGGCCACCGAGGUCGCCGCCCGGCGCCGGAUCCCGCGGCUGAUCUUCGACGGCACCAGCUGCUUCACGCUCUGCUGCUCCCACAGCCUCCAGACCUCCAAAAUCCACGAGGGGAUCCCGGAGUCGGAGCGGUUCGUCGUCCCCGGGCUGCCCCACCGGGUCGAGUUCACACGGGCCCAGCUCUCGGGCCUGUUCAACCCGGGGGCCCACUUAGACGUCAGCGAGAUCCGGGAAAAGAUAAGGGAGUCCGUGGACCGAGCGUACGGCGUCGUGUUGAACACAUUCGAGGAGCUGGAGAAUGAGUACGUGGCGGAAUGCCGUAAAACUCGGGGAGGCACGAGAAAGAUCUGGUGCGUGGGCCCCGCGUCGCUAUGCAACACGGAUGACGUGGACAGGGCGGAAAGAGGGAAAACGGUUGUUAAUAACGGCGGUGGCGAUGAGUCACUCUGCCUCCGGUGGCUGGAUUCGUGGCCGGAGAAGUCUGUAAUCUACGCCUGCCUCGGGAGUUUGAAUCGGAUUACGCCGCCGCAGGCGGCGGAACUCGGAUCCGGACUCGAAUCGACGAAUCGGCCGUUUAUUUGGGUGAUUCGAGGCGGCUACAAGAAGGAAGAGAUCGAGAAUUGGAUUUCCGAGACCGGAUUUGAAAACAGAGUCAGGGGCAGAGGUUUUCUGAUUCGAGGCUGGGCCCCACAGGUUUUGAUUCUGUCUCACCCGGCGAUCGGCGGGUUUCUGACGCACUGCGGGUGGAAUUCGACGCUGGAAGGGAUCGCCGCCGGGGUGCCGAUGGCGACGUGGCCGCAGUUCGCGGAGCAGUUCUACAACGAGAAGCUGGUGGUCCAGGUGCUGGGGAUCGGGGUCCGGGUCGGGGCGGAGGUGGUGGUCCACUUGGGGGAGGAGGAGAAGCACGGGGUUCAGGUGGGGAAGGAGAGGAUUGCGGCGGCGGUGGAGGAGCUGAUGGGCGGCGGAGAUGGGAGUGUGGAGAGGAGGAGGAAGGCGGCGGAGCUGAUGGAGAUGGCGAGGGUUGCGGUGGCGGAAGGAGGGUCGUCGUUUGCCGGCGUCGGGAUGUUGAUUGAGGACGUGGCGAAGUUUGCUUCUCAAGAUGAGAGCGAAAUGAGAACAACGUGGAAACAGUUGGUGGGAUCAUGAGGGCCAAGCUUUGAUCGUGAGGCCCGAGCUGUCUGGAGAGAAAUCAUGUAAAAGCAGCUGAAACGCCAAUGCAUGAUUGGAGGGAAUCGCCGACGACACGACAAGCUGAUGGAAGCAAUAGUUGCCCGCACCACACAAGAGCAAAUUAUGGGCACAAUAAUGCAUAAUUCGUUGCGCCCACCAUAACGAGUGACGGAUUUAGAAAUCUUGGGAUGUAUGGUUGCUAUUAUCGGCUCUGUGUAAUGCAUGUAAACGUAUAGGAUCUUAUCGGCUUAUCCUAUAUCCCAACCACCCAAUUAUUCCAACAGAAACCAUUAGCUAGGUUUCUGUAUCAACCCAAUUUAUCACAUUCUAAUCUCCGGCUCGGUGGGAUAUGUGGGAACAGAGACAGGCUAUUGAUCUAGUCUUCUUAUCAGUUUUGUCGGACAGUUUACUUGCUCAGGAUGAAACACGGACGAUGGUGGUGAUGACUAUGUGGCUUUCUAAUAAUGAGAUUUCACCCCCUAAUUAAGUUGCCAAUAUCAUCACUUGUAGAGUUGUUACGUGUAUCUCAUGGGUGGGAAGUGCCGAAGUGAUGUUGAGGUUACAAAAUAUAGAUCUUAUGGUAAUCGAGCAUUGAAAAACGAUAUGACGAAGACUAGGGAUGGCAAAUUACCCACCCAUGGGUAAUUAUACCCAAACCCAAGUAGACCCAUUGAUAAUGGGUUGGGUAUGGGUGAAGUGCAUAUGGAUUUGGGGGUUUAUAGAUGGGUUUGGGGCUUCCAUAAUCUAAAUGGGUAUGGGUUGGAUAUGGAUAUCCAUUUUUACUUGAGGGUGUUUUAACUACACAUGCAAAAAUUGGACCUAUUUGCAAAACUUGAAAAGUUUAGGUACCAAAAUGUAAGACCAAAAAAAUUUAGGUAUCAAAACGUAAUUUUCCAUCGAUAUUUUGAGGAUUUAUAUGCAAAAAAAAUUAAAUUUAGGUACUAAAUAUGCAUGUCUAUUAAGUUUGGGUACCAAACUGUAAUUUGUAUUUGGACAUGGGUACAAACCCAAAUCCAUUUGAUAUAAACCCAACUCAACCCAAAGUAAAUGGGUAUGGGUAUA